CGCCACCAUUUCUUCAACUAGACGCGGGAUGUCGCACUUUGCAAUUGAAUUUCUGCGCACUAUACCCAGUAAGUGGAUAUUUUACGCAAAACGGAAAACGAAUGUCCUUCGUAUCGUUUCUUGGAACCGUUGCCAGUGCCCUGGCGAACAAGUUUCUCGGGGCAGCUUCCAGGGCUUGGUUGAGAAGCUCCAUGAUAUACAACAGCACUGCCAAUCAUCGAUUAAUCAUCACUGAUAUGGACCCACAAGACCAAAGUUUGCCCCAUCCGGUACCGGUUCAUCAACCUUCGCGAUGGCGCGUUUUCUCGCCUUCAUUUCACUAAACCACGAAGUAACCAGGCCCACUGUACAGGCAGUAAUCCUCAGGUAUUAGCACACAAAUGAUAACAGAAAAAGAUAACGGCAUUCCAUAAGUUGGAGGCCUUUCCCUUCAACGCAUUGCAGACAUGGCGUCCAAACUCGACGAUGCUACCGCUGUGGAUGCUCUUCCCGAACUUCCCAAUGUCGUCGACCAGAAGAAGCAAAAGCAGUCUCUGCUCGGCUACUUUUGGGAUACCGCGGAUCUCAGUCCUGAGGAACGGCGUCUGUUGUUCAAAGUAGACGCUUCCGUGCUUAUUUUUGCUUCGUUGGGUUACUUUAUUAAGAAUUUGGAUCAGACCAAUGUUUCGAGUGCAUAUUUCGCUGGCAUGCGCGAAGAGUUGGGAAUGUAUGGAAACGAACUCGUUCAUGCUACGUCUUAUUGGACUGCCGGAUAUGUCAUUGGUCAAGUGCCCUCGAAUCUACUUCUCACCAGAGUAUCUCCGCGCUACGUUAUUCCCGUUCUCGAACUUGCAUGGGGACUCGCAACUCUUGGUACUUAUGCGGUGAAGAACGUGAAGUCACUCUUUGCACUUCGCUUCCUAGUCGGUCUAUUCGAGAGUGGCUUUUAUCCAGGGAUGCACUUCGUUCUUGGAUCAUGGUAUACCCCGCGAGAGCUGGCAAAGCGAUCUGUUAUGUUCUGGACCGCCGGAUCGCUCGGUCAGAUGUUCUCAGGUUUCUUGCAGACCGCAGCGUACAAAAAAUUGAACGGCGUUCAUGGGUUGAGUGGAUGGCGAUGGUUGAUGAUUGUAGACGCCAUCAUAACACUUCCUAUCGCCCUGCUGGGAUUCAUAUUCCUUCCAGAUCUCCCAUUCAAUGCUAAGAAAUCAUUUCUUCUUAGUCCAGAAGAUAUUGCUCUGGCUCGGGCCCGUAUGAAAGCCGUAGGACGCAAAGAAGCCGAGCCAUGGACCCGGGCAAAGCUUCGUCGGAUCCUUACCUCCUGGUACAUCUGGAUCCUACCUAUAGAAUACGUCCUGUGGAACAACGGCAGUGCUCAGUCUCCUAUGCAAUACUGGCUCAAGAGCUUCAACAGCACACCCGCUCCUGUUCCGGGAAGGAAAUACACUGUCUCUCAAAUACAGCUGCUGCCACUUCCUGCAACUGCCGUCUUCGUCGUCACGGCAUGGUUCCUAGCUUGGCAAAGCGACGGACCGUUCAAAGGUCGAAGAUAUCCAUUCAUAUAUCUCGGCGCGGUGCUCUGUCUUAUAUUCAACAUCGCGUGGCUCGCCUUGCCACUGUACAAGAACAUACGCGGUCAUUUUGCCUACUUCUAUCUUAUGACCACUGGGACCACGGCCGGGCCGCUAAUCUUGAAUUGGAUCAGUGAAAUAACACAAGCAGAUACUGAACUCCGGGCUAUCUGUGUCGCUCUUGGAAAUGACCUUGCGUACGUGGUACAAGCUGUUGCUCCAAAUUUUGUCUGGAAGACGACGGACUUUCCGCGAGCCACGAAGGGUUAUCACUGGUCUAUCGGUACGACAUAUUCACGUCAUUUAUUCCGUGUAUGCUUUCUAACUAUCCUCUGACAGUUCUUCAAGUACUUCUGAGUAGGCAUUUCCCUUAUUCGAUGACUACAAUACGUCACUGACAAUGAGCCUGCGCAGUUCUUUGGACUCUUCUCAUACAAUUCCUUCUUCGAAGAGACGAGAGAAAGAAGAAUGGACAACUAGAAAGGACUAUCGAGGCCGGAGAAGCAGCUUCGACUUCAGCACAUAGAGCCGACAUUGACGAUGAUGACCCAGUGAAAGUGAGCGAGGAUGAUGGAGAAGAGAGCAAACAUAAUCGCUGACCUCUACGUACCUUAACGGAUUGAGCCGCUAUAGAUAAUUUAGGCAUUUUUGUAUACGACCAUUAUAAGAUUUUUA